CCAAUCAGGACAAGACUUGGAGAAAAGGCGCCGCGCCAGCCAGUCACAUUCCGAGGUCCGGGUCGGGACCGGCUGACGCGAGUACUGGCCACAGCCAAUGGGCUUGCCACUACCCAUCCGCUCUUCAGCAGCCGGUCGGGGCGGUGGAAGAGCGGGUGAGGAGAGCGCUACGGCGACGGCGGCCUCACUGGACGGCCGGGAGGAAAGCGAGGCCAGAGCCUUUGCGACUAGGAUCAGAAUGGUUUCCAUCCCAGAAUACUAUGAAGGCAAGAAUGUCCUCCUCACUGGAGCUACUGGCUUCCUAGGGAAGGUACUUCUGGAAAAGUUGCUGAGGUCUUGUCCUAAGGUGAAUUCCGUGUAUGUUUUGGUGAGGCAGAAAGCUGGACAGACACCCCAGGAGCGAGUAGAAGAAGUCAUUAGUUGCAAGCUUUUUGACAGAUUGAGAGAUGAAAAUCCAGAUUUUAGGGAGAAAAUUAUAGCAAUCAACAGUGAACUCACCCAACCUGAACUGGCUCUUAGUGAAGAAGAUAAAGAGGUCAUCAUAGAUUCUACCAAUAUUAUAUUCCACUGUGCAGCUACAGUAAGAUUUAAUGAAAAUUUGAGAGAUGCUGUUCAGUUAAAUGUGAUUGCUACACGACAGCUUAUUCUGCUUGCACAACAGAUGAAGAAUCUGGAAGUAUUCAUGCAUGUAUCAACGGCAUAUGCCUACUGCAAUCGAAAGCAUAUUGAUGAAGUAGUCUAUCCACCCCCUGUGGAUCCCAAGAAGCUGAUUGAUUCUUUAGAGUGGAUGGAUGAUGGCUUAGUAAAUGAUAUCACACCCAAAUUGAUAGGAGACAGACCUAAUACAUACAUAUACACAAAAGCAUUGGCAGAAUAUGUUGUACAGCAAGAAGGAGCAAAGCUAAAUGUGGCAAUUGUAAGGCCAUCAAUUGUUGGUGCCAGUUGGAAAGAACCUUUUCCGGGAUGGAUUGAUAACUUUAAUGGACCAAGUGGUCUUUUUAUUGCGGCAGGGAAAGGAAUUCUUCGAACAAUGCGUGCCUCCAACAAUGCCCUGGCAGAUCUUGUUCCUGUAGAUGUAGUUGUCAACAUGAGUCUUGCUGCAGCCUGGUAUUCCGGAGUAAAUAGACCAAGAAACAUCAUGGUGUAUAACUGUACAACUGGAAGCACUAAUCCCUUCCACUGGGGUGAAGUUGGAUAUUAUCUAAAUCAUUCCUUCAAGAUGAAUCCUUUAAACCAAGUAUUCAGGCGCCCCAAUAUUAAGUUUUAUUCCAACAACUUAUUGCUUCAUUAUUGGAAGGGUGUCAGACACACAGUACCUGCAUUAUUGCUCGAUCUUGCACUCAGGUUGACAGGUCAGAAACCGUGGAUGAUGAAAACAAUAACUCGUCUUCACAAAGCUAUGGUGUUUCUUGAAUAUUUCACAAGUAAUUCUUGGGUUUGGAAUACUGACAAUGUCAAUAUGUUAAUGAAUCAACUAAACCCUGAAGAUAAAAAGACUUUUAAUAUUGAUGUACGGCAGUUACAUUGGGCAGAAUAUAUAGAGAACUACUGUAUGGGAACUAAGAAAUAUGUACUGAAUGAAGAAAUGUCUGGCCUUCCUGCAGCUAGAAAACACCUGAACAAGUUGAGGAACAUACGUUAUGGUUUCAAUACUAUCCUUGUGAUCCUGAUUUGGCGCAUUUUUAUUGCAAGAUCACAAAUGGCAAGAAACAUCUGGUACUUCGUGGUUAGUCUGUGUUACAAGUUUCUGUCUUACUUCCGAGCAUCCAGCACUAUGAGAUACUGAAGACAAGAAUUUAGCAUUAGAACAUCUAUGCAUAUGGUGGUCUAAAUGCAUAAAAUGUACUUAAGUCAUUUCACCUUUUGUCAAGACAUUAAACCAUCUUAGCUCAGAAUGUGGAGUAAAUUAUGGUACAUUUUAUGUAACAUUUUAAUGUAUACUCAUAAAAGCCUAGUGAAUACACUGUGGUAUGCCAACUCAAAUCUGUAAUAGCCACCAAAACCAUGACUUAACAUUUUGAUCCCUGGGGGAAUAGGGUUGGGUAAGGGUAGGAGGGGGAGAUAGGAACACUGACCAGUAUAACUGUGCAAUUCUGGAACAUACUAAUUAAAAUAUGCCUUAACAUAGAGUGAUUUUCUAAUUAUAAUAUUUAGUACAGUGGAAAGCAUUUAUUUGGAUGGGAAUACUAGCUAAGUUGGUAGAUAUUUGAUUCUUCAGUGUUUGAUUUUUAUCAUCAGUUGAAGUGAUUUUUAGUUUUGUUAAAAUUACAGCCAGACUAUUUUCACAUCAUCCUGUAAGUUACUGAAUGGUCUCAAAUGUGAAAGGCACGUUUUCAUUUUCCUUCUUUCUCUGGUUAGAGGUCUGAUACAUGUCAUUUUCUAUAAGCAGUCAGUUACUUCCAUAAUCAGAAGGCUAUAUAUUAUUAUAGAGACCCUACUGGAUCUAAAUGAGUUUGAGAAUCCAUAUCAGCAUAUGCCAUGUGUUUUUAGAAGGAAAAUGAAAAUUCACUAAAACUAUUAGUAUUAAGAAGAAUAGGAGUACAUUUUUCUUGACCAUAUUAUGACCAAAUAACAACCAAUUCUGUGACAUUUUGUUCCUGUUUUGAAGCUGGAUGAUUCCUUGAGACCUUGAUAAGGAGGUGUGGGCACAGGGAGGAGUUCAUCAUACUUGUGCUCGCCUCCCUUUAUAGAUUUUACUAAUGGGACUUUAAAAGGCUUAUACUGUCCAAUUAAAGCUGAAAGUACAUUACUAUGGAAGAAUGUAUUUGCAGGUAGUCAUAACAUUAAGAAAAUGUUCUCAUAUGUGUGUAAACACAUACUAACUUUUGACCUUGAGAGCUGAAUUCCUUCAAGAAAAAUAAUGCAUAGAAUAAUGUGUAUAAGAUUAAAUAAAGAACUUUAUUUACAUACCACAUAAAGUAGCAAACUGUUGAAUGAGUUUAAAGAUACCUUUUAUUUUUUGUGCAUGUGGUUUUAGCUUUUAGAAAGAAAUGAGGUAUAGAAAAAAGUAAUAGCAAGAAAGUUGAUGUAUAUUUUAAUGAUACAUUACAAUUCCCUUUAAAUCUUAAUAGUAGUUAAUUCUCCUUACUGUUGUAACACACAUUUGGUUUAACAGAUCAGCAUAACAUGUUCUAAUUUAGCUGAUCAAGUUGUACUAUAUUUAAAUCAUUAACAGUGUAUCUUGAAUAUGUUUGAUGAAGUCAGUUUACAAUACAAAAAGUUACAUAGAACUUUAAUCUUAAUUUUCUUUGUCAAUUCAGAUGCAAUGUAUAAGAAGUUUAUUUUAUUAUUGUGAAAAAAUUAAAUGUAAAGGAAAUCACCUUCUUCCAUGCAGGUGUAUAAUCUUGAAAAGGAAAAUGCUUCCAUGUUGAAGCCAGAUUUUCUGUAGUAAACUUUUAAAACAUUAUUUUAAAAGCAAUAUGUAUAUAAAUAUAUAUAUAUAUAUAUUCUUUGCAGUGAUACUGAAGUCUCUGGUCUAGGACCAUACCUUUUAUAAGGUGUGAGAGACCAUGGCAGUGUCUAAGAAUGGAAUAAAUGAUGAUGCCUUUGAUUUAAAGUGGCCCACAUAAUUAACUAUAGAUGCUCUAUCCUUUGAAUGCUCCGUCUCUCCAAUACAUUUCCAUAAUGUGUUGAAAAUAUGCUAACAUUUGUAUGAUUUUUAUACAUCUGCUGAAUAUACUUAGAUGAAUUAUCUGCAUUUUGCAAAAGAAUCAGGUACAACUUUAGCAGGCAUGUGAAGUACAUGGGAGGUGUAUAUCUUUGAACUGUCAUUAUUAUUGUAAUCUAACUUGAGGAAAUGAUCAUUGGGAGGGUGCUAAGGCCACUGCAUUAGUUUUGUGUGUUUAGAAUUCUUUUGUCAAAAGAAAGCUAAUGAAUAAAUUAACAUGUCAUUCUGGAACUUAAAAGUUUUAAAAUUAGUAUAAAACAUACAUAGGUUGUUAAUCCUCGCCAACUUGACUUUGAGCAUAACUCAAACAUAAAGAUUUUAGAAAUCAUUUGUAUUGAUGUCAUUUGCUAGACCUGGUUUUUUAGUUCUUUCUGAUUAUAUUUUUACACACAGACUCAAAUUUUAACAGGAUAGCCUGUUAAAUAAAUCUAAUAAAUCAUUUAACUCAUUUGAUAAAGCUACAUUUUAAACAUUGUUUUUCCCCCCAUUCACUCUUGAUUCUUCUAAUUCUGGCAUAUGCAUUUGUCACUUGUGAAGUCAUUGUAACUAUAAGUAAACUUGACUUGGCAACAUUAAUAUGUUUAAUAACUCAUCACUGAGAAGCAUGGCAGUACAUUCUUUGACUUGGGGAUGGCAUUAAAUAAACAUUUUCUGAAUCUGUGUUAUAAAGUUUGGAAGCAGGAAGAGAAAAAUCUUAUUUCUCUCCCUUUUCUGUGCUUGUCUGUAGGUUCAGGGUUUUUUGCUUUUUUGUUUUAAAUGUAUAUCGAUAGUCUUUUAUAAGAAAUAGAAGCAUUAUUGGGUGCCUUUGUUUGUAAACCAAAAAGUAAUAAAUGAAUCCCUAUAUUUCCAUUAUAGUA